AUGCCACGCGGCGGCGCGGCCCCCUCGCCCGCCGCGCCGCCGCCCGCCUCCCCCGGCCCCGCCGUGACGCGCGGGCCCCGGCCGGGGCGCCCCCACCGCGCCCCCGGCGCCCGCCCCGGAGGACUCCUCUCCGUCAGACAAGUGACACGCGACACGAUCGGCGAUGACUCCGAGCGCGCUCUUCUCUCGCCGCCCCCCCCGAGGGCCGCCGUCCCGCCGCCGCGACGCUGCCGGGACUCGCCCGCCUUCUCCCGAGCCCGUCGUCCAUCCCAUCUCGGCACCGCUACUGCCACGGGCGGCGUCUCCCGAGGCCGCUCUCCGCCGCCGGCCCCGGGCACCCCCGCGGGACCCCGGCGCGCUCGACCGCCCGCCCUGCGGACGGACGCGGGCCCGGCGCCGUCGCUCGCCGGCCCUGUCCGCCCGAGCCCUCCAAAGCAAAGGCCCCCCCAAAAAACAGCGGCGGCCACCCCAAGGGCUGCCCCGUGCUCCGCACGCCUCACGCACGCAGCUUGGCUCCGCCGAGCAGCCUUUCAAACCACCCCGCUCCUUCCCCGAGGGCGCCGCGCCCGCCCCGGCCUCCCCGCCCGGCGCCUACCCGCUCCGACCGGCGGCCCGGUCCCGAAACGGCGCCGGGGACUCCCGUUCGGCUCCCUUACCCGCCGCCCGCCUUCCCGGCGAAAACGCCGCGGGCCGUCGCCCGCCGCGGUCUCCGCCGCCUGCCCGGCUUUUCCCCGCGACGCGCGGCUCCGCCGCCUCGCCGGCCCGUCCCCUCGGCCCCGGGAACGCGCGGCGCCGACCGCCUUCUGCGCCACACCCCGAGGCGGCUAUCUCCGCCGUGCCCCGAGGUGGCUAUCUCCGCCGUGCCGUGACCAGAACCCAAAGGAAGCACAAAACUCAAUGGGAAAAGCCCUUCGCGACCCCGACGCCGCUUCCCGACACCUGACGCCACGCCCGCGACCUGCCCGCCGCCGCGCUUUCCAAACAGACCCGAGAACCUCGCCGGCCCGCAGAGGCCGCCUUUCCCAAUGGCGUGGCGCCUCGCGCCCCUCCCGACCCCCCGAGGCCCCGGGACGCCGAAACCGCCGCGCUCCCGCGCCCCCCCUUCCCGCCGCUCCCGAGCCGGACGGGAAAUCGUCCGGGCCGACGGCCAGGAGGGCACCUCCCCGCUCCCGAAAGCUCCUCCGGGGACGACCGGCGGCCUACGACACGUGCACCGAAUGGCACCGUGACCCGGACGCAAAGCGCUCGGAGUCCCGCCUCCGCCGGGCCGGGCCGCGCCUACGGCGAGCCGACGCCGCCCCCCGUCCCCGCUCGGGCGGCUCCCGGACAAAAAAGGCCUCCAUAAUGGCCACACAGAAACUCUCCUCUCCGUGACCAAACCGGGACUCUUCAAAACCGUCGCGCCGCCAGCACAGAAAGCCGGGCCGCACGCAAGCGCGCGAGCGGCAAGCGAACGAAGGGGAGGCGGGGAUGGACCCCGCGGACCUCGCCGGCGCCCGCGCCGCCCCGGGCCCCCGCCGGCCGCGGAGGAGAACGCCCGCCAAACGCUACCUAGCCGCCUUCGCCGCCGCCUCGCGGGAACCCCGCGGGACGUCGCGCCCGCCCUCUGCCUGGGGCCCUCGCGCGGCCCUCUUUGCUGAAACGCUGCGGACGCCGCCUUCCGGCCGAGCGCGCCGCUUCCGAAGGCUCCGACAUCGCUUCCCGCGCGCCCGGGACCUCUCGCGUGCCGCCCUGCUCUCCCGCAAGCGGUCCCCCCAGCCCAGAGCCACGACCGCCACGGAUGCCCGUCGUCCGUCCCGCGGGCGCGUUGCCCCCGACAGUCCCGCCGCCGCAUCCCGAAGCCUUCCCGAGCCCGCGCCCCCGGGGCGACGCCGGGCGUCGGCCCGUCCGAAAGCCCGGCGGGCCGCCCCGGUGCGCGCCAGAGAGGGGUGCUCCCCCAGCUCCUCGCAGGCAUCUGUCUCCCUUUGAGCCAUCCCUCCCUCCCUCCCUCCCUCCCUCGAUUCUGUCCGCUUCUCGAGCACAGUAUUAUUUCCAGCCCCCAGGAAGGGAGGUGGCGGCAGCCACGGCGGCCGUGGCAAAACGGGACGACAUGCAAAACGGAUCGCGUUACGACUCGCGGCGCCCGCGACGCGAUCCCGCUCCCGCGGAAACGGUACCCGGUCUCCUCGCGCCGCGACGCCGCUCCCUCGCCGGCGAAGCUCGGCCGCCCGGCGCUUCUCCCCGUGCUUUUCCUUCCCGGUCCGGUCCGGUCGCCUUUCCGGUCCUCCUCGAGCGGACGGCCGUGAAGCACGGCCGCGAGGACCGCGCCGGACGCGCGGAGCCCUCCCGCGCCCGACGCCGCGGCCCGGCGGGAGCCCCGGGCGCGCGUCUCCGGCGGCGCGCCCGUCCCGAGAAGGUGCCGUCCGCGGCGGCCCUUUCCCGCGUGCCGGCGCUCCGCCGCCCGGCGCGGUCGCGGGGCGGCCGCCGACCCUCCCCGGCCUUUCUCCUCCCGCGCGGGGCUCCGGGGGACGGGCUCGCGUCCGAGUCGUUCGUUCGCGCGGCGAGGAGGUCCGCUCCUGAGUUUCCGUCGAUAAUUGUAUUAAAAGGUGAAUAUACUACCUGAGAUUUGUGCAUGUUACAUUGUAGUUGUAACCUUUUCUAAUUCGGCAAGAAUAAGAGAUGGUUGUGAUUGUGCAGUGUAUCAAUAAAGUUUGCCAAACUUUGUA